AUGGAUGUGGAAUAUGUAUCUGGAGAUGUCGAGGCAGGACCUUCUAGGGUCACCAAUUACAUCGCGGACCAAAGUCGAUGGUCUGUCAUAGAUAAAGUUUUGGAUCGUAGGGGGCCAUGGACAGAUGAGGUUUUUCUAGGUGGUCAACAGACGAAAGAUGUCCUAAGGACUAAGGCCAAAAUCCUUGUCAUAGGUGCUGGUGGUUUGGGCUGCGAAAUCUUACAAAACCUCGCUUUGACUGGUUUCAAUGAUAUCUUUGUCAUAGAUAUGGACACUAUUGAUAUUUCCAAUCUCAACCGACAAUUUCUCUUCAGAGAAACAGACGUGGGUAAAUCUAAAGCCCUAGUUGCAGCAGAGUUCGUCAUGACCAGAGUGCCUGGUGUCAAGGUCACACCAUAUCACGGCAAGAUUCAAGAUCAUCCUCCAUCCUUCUACAUGCAAUUUGAUAUCAUCAUCGCUGGACUGGAUUCGAUAUCUGCACGAAGAUGGAUAAAUGCCACAUUGGUGCAGAUGGUAGACGAGGAGAAUCCAGAUAGUUUAAAACCUUUGAUUGAUGGUGGGACAGAGGGAUUCAAGGGUCAAGCUCGAGUCAUCCUCCCUACUAUUUCUUCGUGUUACGAAUGUUCGAUCGAUAUGCUUACUCCUCCCACUGUUUUCCCCAUUUGUACCAUUGCGAACACUCCUCGACUACCGGAACACUGCAUAGAAUGGGCAUCAGUGCUGGAAUGGCCAAAAGUGUUCAAAGACAAGAAACUUGACACUGAUGAUCCUGAACAUAUCGAAUGGUUAUAUCAACAAGCAUCAACACGAGCCGCAGAGUUCAACAUAGAGGGAGUCACUUGGUCUCUAACACAAGGAGUGGUGAAGAAUAUCAUCCCGGCCAUUGCCAGCACCAACGCCAUCAUUGCUGCGUCAUGCUGUAACGAAGCGUUCAAACUCGCCACGACAUGUGCCCCGUCACUGAAUAAUUACAUGAUGUACACUGGUAAUGACUCUAUAUACACUUUCACAUUCGAACAUGAGAGACGACCCGAGUGUCCAGUUUGUGGAGGUGAAAACAUUACAGCUCAAAUAGAAAAGGAAUGGACGUUGGAAAGACUGGUCGAGUGGCUGAGCGCGCGACAAGAUCUUCAAAUCUCUCGACCUUCACUGGCCCAUGCCACAGGUCAACCAUUAUUCUUUCAAGCUCCUCCACAAUUAUAUGAGAAAACACGUCCAAAUCUCGACAAACUCGUUUCAGCGUUAUUACCAAACGGAUCUCAAAUUGUAGUCACAGACCCAGGUUUACCAUUUUCACUCACUGUUGAAAUCAAAUACGAAUAG